AGAUGAAUAUUUCUUGUGUGUGGAAUUGACAGUGUUGGAUUAUUUUAACUUUCGGAUUGAGAAAAAUAACCCCUCUUUGAACAUGCGUUCUUGACCGGCACCAAUAACAGGCCAACAAAAAAUCUUUUCUGUGGUGGUGAAAAGGUACACGAUUGAGGCAAAUCUCCCCGUGAUUUCAUCUCCUUACAAAACACCCGCACGCUGGGAUAAACAGAGGGAUCGAUCAAGUCACUGCUGAAAAAGCAAUAAGAUUAUUAAGCUCCAGCAGGGUUUAACAAAUCCACACAGAAUUCAUCAGGAUAUAGAAAGAAAAACAUAUUCUCAAGGUACUCGGAACAAUGGAAAUGUCGAAAAUAAUGGAAAGAAGGAAACUGCUGAGCAUCACGCUACUACUGUCAUUCGCAUAUUUUACAUCUUCCUGGAGAAUCUUCAACUAUCGCAAUAAUAACCGAGUGAAUGAAACCGAAAAAUGCCUGGGUGUGUUUCAAAGCAACGGCAGCUUGAAAAGUGAUCUCAAGUGGGAAUUGUCACAUUGCAAACUCAAGAUUUUCCCGCAAAUGGACUCGGGAUCGUGUCUCAAGCGCAGAUUCGCCAACAAGCUCAACAACCAUUUCUUCUUUUUCGGAGACUCCACCGUUCGGAACAAGGCCAUUGCCCUGGCAAAGUUCUUCAAUCUCACAUUGGAAUGCAAGGGCAAUUGCCACGAUUUCAGAAUGGUGAUCAAUAUGCACUGGGAUGAUGCAGACUCAAACACGACCAUCGACUACCUUCUGAAUCCCUACUUCAACCCCUACAUGAAGCUUCCUGAAGGUACACGCACAGUCCUGUUUGGAGGUGCAGUGUGGUAUAGCCGUCCACCGGAGGAUUGGACAUACUACAAAGACCGGUACUUUGACCUGACACAUCUUCCUAUACCGGUAAAACUUGAAGUACACAAAGAAAGACUCGACAGACUGCUGAACCACCUCAUCACAUUCUGGAAAAUAGAGACCAUCAUCUGGAUUCUUCCCGAAACGAUGCACGGCAAAUUGAUUCCGUUCAACAAACACAUCGACACUUACAUCCAGCAAAGUCUCGAAGUGAUUUCAAAUAAGUACCGGGACACGGUGAUCGUAUGGUCCAGUUGGAGGCUGUUCUUCGACCAGCUCAAAAAUACCGGACGGUUCGGGACUAUUAUGAGCGAUGAUAUGCAUGUGAAGGACCAAUACCAGUUCCCCGGGAUGCAGCCAUUGCUGAAUUUCCUGUGCAACCCAGUUGAUGAAACACUUGGCUCGGAUUACUGCUGCUGUCACGGAUCCAAUCUGAUCCUCUGAAAGAAAAGAAGAAACAUCUUCGACUCGACUUUUCUGCUAGUAUAUACUUCAACAAGUUUCAUGAACAAAAUGGCUCUAAUAUCAUUCAACCAUAACAAAUAACAAUAGUAAGAAUGAAAAAUGAAAAGAAAAAUUUCAAAAUUCUGACGUACUCUGAAGAUACUUGAUGUCCCUGAAAAUGAAACAUCCUGAAAAACCCACCAGCAGGGGGAAUAAAAAAAAAAUAGUGAUCGGGAAAUGCAACAAAAUCUGUCUCUGUGAUCCCUUUCUCAAUAUAAUGUUGCUGCAGUAUAGGCACAAGGGUUUUUUUUUUUUUUUUUUUUUUUUUUGAGUGGGCUAGUGGUAUAUAUAUAUAUAGGCACUGUGUUUGGCUGUCAUUUCGGGGGCAACAGAUGGAAAUAAAUCAACAGAAACGAGG